AUGGAUUCAAGUAUUAUCAUAUUAUUGAUAUUCUAUCUAUAUUGGUGCUUCAAUGGUGUUACUGUUGCCAAUCCCGAAGCGAAACGUUUAUACGAAGAAUUGAUUAAAGCUCGUGCUUAUAAUAAACUGAUUCGUCCAGUUAAGAAUAAUAGUGAAAAACUAACCGUUUAUUUGGGCCUUCGAUUAACGCAAUUGCUUGAUGUGGACGAGAAAAAUCAAAUCAUGACAUCCAAUGUUUGGUUAAAACAGCAAUGGGUUGAUGAACAUUUGAAAUGGAAUCCACUGGAUUUUUAUAAUCUAACCAAUAUUUCCAUUCCGGCUAAUGAUCUCUGGCGGCCGGAUAUGGUGCUUUUUAAUAAUGCCGAUGGUAACUACGAAGUAACAUUGAUGACAAAGGCUACUGUUUAUUACGACGGACGAGUGAUUUGGGAGCCACCAGCAAUCUACAAAUCAAGUUGUACGAUCGACGUGGAGUUUUUUCCCUUCGAUAUUCAACAUUGUCAAAUGAAGUUUGGUUCAUGGACAUAUUCGGGUGAACAAGUGGAUCUUGUUCAUAUCAAUCAAACAAACGGUUCCAUGCCCGUCUAUGGCAACAACAGUGUACCAUAUGCGAUUGAUUUAACUGACUUUUAUCGUUCCGUUGAAUGGGAUAUUAUUGGUGUUCCAGCAAAUCGAAAUAUUCGUAAAUAUACAUGCUGUCCUCAGACCUAUCCUGAUAUCACAUUUCUGAUCAUAAUACGUCGAAAGACGCUUUUCUAUACUGUUAAUUUAAUCAUACCAUGUGUUGGUAUAUCAUUUUUAACUGUUUUAACUUUUUAUUUACCAUCCGAUUCGGGUGAAAAAGUGGCACUUUGUAUCUCGAUAUUACUGUCAUUGACUGUCUUUUUCCUACUAUUAGCUGAACUCAUUCCGCCAACCUCACUCGUUGUACCAUUAGUUGGAAAAUAUCUUCUAUUUACAAUGAUACUUGUGACAUUAUCCAUUGUUGUUACUGUUGUUGUCCUCAAUAUUCAUUUUCGUUCACCGUUGACCCAUCAGAUGCCGCCAUGGGUUCGACGCGUUUUCCUGCAUGUUCUACCUAAACUACUAUGGAUGCGGCGCCCGAAAACGAUCGAUCCAUUGCAGUAUCAACUUCCAUCGAUGCAUCAAACACGUACGAAAUCAUCGCAUCGAGCGGUGACAACGUCAUUGACAACGGCAACAUCGAACUUCGUCGUACCCUUACUUCACUCAGGCCCAUAUCAAUUACGUAAACCGAAAACACGCUUAUUAGAUGAUUACGACGUUGAUUCAGAUGGACUUGAGAUAAGCGAUAGUGAUUUCGAACGGCGUCAUCAGCCUGACGAACCAUCGCUCUAUCCGCAUGAGAUCAAAAAGGCGUUUGAUGGUUUGAAAUGUAUUGCAACACACAUGAGACAAGAAGAUGAAGAGAAAAAGGUUAAAGAAGAAUGGAAAUAUGUGGCGCUGGUAAUCGAUCGUCUUUUUCUUUACAUUUUUACCACAGCUUGUGUUGCUGGUACAUGUGGCAUCAUCUUGCAAGCGCCAUCCAUUUAUGAUAAUCGCAAACCAAUUGAUGCUAUGAAAUCGAAUCGAUUUUGA